UCGGGCCUCCGGCCCGCUGAGGAUUCGGGCAAGUGUGGGUCCGGGGAGGGCGGCCGGCAGGCCUCAGGCUAACGGUGCUGGGCGCUGGGCACUGCCGCCAGAUCUUGCUGAUCCCAGGGUCUACCCUCCAGGACAGUACCCUUCUGUAAGACAAGAGCCUGGGGAGAGGACGGUGUUGACGAUUGGAAAUUGCGAAGUCAUGUUCCAGGUAACAUUUAGUGAUGUGGCCAUAGACUUCUCUCAUGAAGAGUGGGGAUGGCUAGAUUCUGCUCAGAGGGAUUUAUACAAGGAUGUGAUGGUUCAGAAUUAUGAGACUCUAGUCUCUCUAGGUCUUUCCAUACCUAAGCCAUAUGUGAUCACUCUAUUGGAGGAUGGGAAAGAACCUUGGAUGGUGGAGAAAAAACUGACAAAAGCUAUGUUUCCAGAUUGGGAAUCAAGAUGGGAAAACAAGGAAUUAUCAACAAAGGAGGAUAUUUAUGAUGAAGAUUCAUCCCAAACGGUAAUAGCAGAAAAAAUUAUAAAACAAAGUCAUGAAUUUUCAAAUUUUAACAAGGACUGGGAAUAUAUAGAGAAGUUGGAGGGGAAGCAUGAAAAUCAGGUAGAACGUUUCAGAUCAGUGACUCUCACUAUUAGAGAAACUUCUACUGGGGAAAGUGUUUACAAAUGUGCAUUUAGAAGCAUCUUCCAUAAAUUUAAGUCUAUUCUUUCUGAACCACAGAGAAUUUCUGCUGAAGGGAAAUCACGUAAACAUGAUACAUUUAAGAAGAGCUUACCGGAAAAGUCAUUUAUAAAAAAUGAGGAUAUCAAUGGUGGGAAGACAUUUUUGAAUUUUAAUGAAAGUGUGGCAGCCUUCAGCCAGAGCAAAUCUCUUACACUUCACCGGACUUAUAAUAGAGAGAAGGUCUAUACAUGCAGUGAAUGUGGGAAAGCCUUUGGCAAACAAUCAAUCCUUAAUCGCCAUUGGAGAAUUCAUACAGGAGAGAAACCCUAUGAAUGUCGUGAAUGUGGGAAGACUUUUAGCCAUGGCUCAUCCCUUACUCGACAUCAGAUAAGCCAUAGUGGAGAGAAACCUUACAAAUGUAUUGAAUGUGGGAAGGCCUUUAGCCAUGUCUCAUCACUUACUAAUCAUCAAAGCACUCAUACUGGAGAGAAACCAUAUGAAUGUAUGCACUGUGGAAAGUCUUUUAGUCGUGUUUCACAUCUCAUUGAACAUCUGAGAAUUCAUACUCAAGAAAAACUCUAUGAGUGUCGAAUAUGUGGGAAGGCCUUCAUUCAUAGGUCAUCUCUCAUUCACCAUCAGAAAAUUCAUACUGGAGAGAAACCUUAUGAAUGUAGUGAAUGUGGAAAAGCCUUUUGCUGUAGCUCACACCUUACUCGACAUCAAAGAAUUCACAUGAUAGAGAAACAAUUUGAAUGCAACAAAUGUCUGAAAGUCUUUAGUAGCCUCUCAUUUCUUAUUCAGCAUCAGAGUAUUCAUACUGAAGAAAAACCCUUUGAAUGUCAAAAAUGCCGGAAAUCCUUCAACCAACCUGAAUCACUGAAUAUGCAUUUGAGAAAUCACACUAGAUUGAAACCUUAUGAAUGCAGUAUAUGUGGGAAAGCCUUCAGUCAUAGGUCAUCCCUGCUUCAACAUCACAGAAUUCAUACUGGAGAGAAACCCUAUGAAUGUAUUAAAUGUGGGAAGACCUUCAGUUGUAGUUCAAACCUUACUGUACAUCAGAGAAUUCAUACUGGAGAAAAGCCAUAUAAAUGUAAUGAAUGUGGGAAAGCUUUUAGCAAAGGCUCAAAUCUUACUGCCCAUCAGAGAAUACAUAAUGCAAUAAAUGUGGAAAAGCCUUUAGGCCGUAUGAGUUACUAUACAUGUGAAAAAUCAUGUAAGAGAGAAACUGUAUGAAUGCAGUAUUCAUCAUAAUACACCUCAGCCAUUGGUCCUCCCUGAUUCGAAAUCAGAAAAUUUAUGUUUGAGGUAAGUCUUAUGAAUGUAAUGAAUAUGGGAAGGUCUUUAGCAAUAGUACAAUGCCUUAUUGUCCAUCAGAUUUCACAUUGUAGAGGGACUAUAUGAAGGCAAUAAAUGUGAGUAUGCCUUUAGCAGUAUUAAUCCCUUAAUUGACAUAAGUAAAUCCACACUGUAUUUACUGUUACAUAUAUGUAACAAAUAUGGGAAAGACAUUAGGCAAUAUGAAUCUCUUAUACGACAUAUAUAAAUAUGUACAGGAGAGAAGCAAUAUGAAUAUAAAAGUUGUGUAUAGUCCUUCAGUUAAAGUACAUCCCUCUUUCUACAUCAAAGAACUCAAACUGGAGAGAAAGCUUAUGUAAAAAAUGUAUUAAAGUGUUCACUAAAAGUUCUUAUUUUCCUAGAUGUCAGAAAAUUAAUGCUAGAACAACUUGAAGGAUGUAGGAAUUAUGUUAAAAUCUUUGCAGUGAUGCUACUUGUAAAUGUUUCUACAGGAGAGCAAACAAGCAUAUAAAUUAACAUGCAUUUCUUAUAUAGGUAGCUUACAAUUUUACUCGAAUUGUACAUAGAAAUUACCUUCAGUUAAUGGGCAUGUGAACAUAUUUAGUCAUCCAGUGGAUCCAGUAAAUGUUAUAAAGUUGAAAAUUGAAGCUACAAAAGAAGUAAAAAGUGGUGUGAAUAAAAUUCUUGGUUUCUAAUAAAAUCAUUUUUAUA